CGCUGUAGCAUGAUAGCUGCUUUAUUCUGGACAGUGGCGCCCUAAAGUCCUCGAAGUACUUCUGGUACCAGAGUAUCUAACAUUUUGUAAUGCUGCUGUAUUUUUUAACCACAUAGCUAGGUAGAAUUUUCACAAAUUAAUUCCCUCCGUGGGUCUUUGAGGUUUUUCGGUCUCGCUGUUACUUGAUUGAAGACAAACAUGGAUAUUCCUACAGCUCCUGAAGAUCAAGAGCUGAAAAAUGUCAUUGACAAACUGGCCCAGUUUGUGGCUCGAAAUGGCCCCGAGUUUGAGAAGAUGACAAUGGAGAAACAGAAGGACAAUCCCAAAUUCUCUUUUCUGUUUGGAGGGGACUUCUUCACCUAUUACCGGUGCAAGCUUGCUAUGGAACACCACCAGCAUCCUACUACCCACGAGUGUGAGGAGUAUAAAUUGGAAGAUCUUUAUAAUCCAUCCGGUAAGGAAGUCCCAGAUGUCCCUCCACCAAUCACAAUCCUGGCUCCGCCCCCCAUUGCCCCUGCCACGCCCUCUCUAGAUGAACUCAUCCAGCAGAGCCAAUGGAAUCUGCAGCAGCAAGAACAGCACCUACUCACUCUCAGACAGGAGCAAGUGACGGCAGCCAUAGCUCUGGCCAUGGAGCAGCAGACCCAGAAACUGCUAGCGGAGACUCAGCAGGACAUUUCUGAAUUUGACAACCUGCUGCAGCCCAUCAUUGAUACCUGCACUAAAGACGCCAUCUCGGCUGGUAAGAACUGGAUGUUCAACAACGCCAAGGGCCCGCUGCACUGCGAGCUGAUGUGCUCACACCUCCGGAACCGCAUCACAGCCGACGCAGCCCACUUCGAACUCCGCCUUCACCUCAUCUAUCUCACCAAUGAUGUCCUCCAUCACUGUCAGAGGAAGCAGCAGAGGGACCUGCUGGCAGCGCUGCAGAAGGUGGUGGUGCCCAUCUACUGCACCAGCUUCCUGGCUGUAGAGGAGGACAAGCAGCAGAAGGUUACGCGGCUCCUGCAGCUCUGGGAAAAGAAUGGCUACUUCGAUGAGGUGACGAUCCAGCAGUUACAGAGUCCAGCUGUGGGCCUGGGCCAGUAUCAGGCCUCUCUGAUCACAGAGUACGCUGCGGUGGUGCAGCCCGUUCAGCUGGCCUUCCAGCAGCAGAUCCAGACCCUGAAGACGCAGCACGAGGAGUUUGUGGCCAACCUGACGGUGCAGCAGACUGCAGCAGCCGCAGCAGCAGUGAGCCAGCUAGCUGCAGCAGAGCCCGAUGUUAAGGCAGUCACUACUCAGCCUGGKGAGGUGAAGGCAUCCAUGUCUGGCCCUCCUGGUGAUUAUGACGGAGCCCCGCCCCGAUCAGACCCCGGUGCUAACAACACUGGCCACUCUGAUAACUCCUCCUCCAAACCCUGGUUCGACCCACAACACAUGCCUGGAGGCUGGAACCCCAAUCAGCCUCCUCCGUUUGACCCUACCCAGGCGCCCCCGCCUUGCCCGCCCUGGAACAGCCACGAAGGCAUGUGGAACGAACAGAGGGGGGAUCCCAGCUGGAGCGGAGGCCCUCCGAGGGGGGAGGGCGGUCCCUGGAGCGGAGGGGGAGGACAGAACGAGCCACCUCCCAACUGGAGUGGUCAGUACGACCAGCCCCCCUGGAGCAACCAGGGACCUGACCAGCCCCCCUGGGGCCAGAGAGAGCCCCCAUUCCCCCGCAUGCAGAGGCCUCCCCACUUCAGAGGGCCCUUCCCGCCCCACCAGCAAGGGCCCCCUCCCUUCAACCAGCCGCCCCCGCCUCCCCACAACUUCGGCCGGUUUCCUCCACGCUUCAUGCAGGACGACUUCCCACACAGACAUCACUUUGAGAGGCCACCCUACCCUCCACAUCGCUUUGACUACCCACAGGGAGACUUUCCCGGAGACCAAGACAUGGGCCCCCCGCCCCACCACCACCCCAGCCAGAGGAUCCCUCCUCCGGGCAUGGGGGGAGGAGAGCACCCUCCCUGGGGGGGUAACCAGCACCCUGACUUCGGCCCUCCGCCCCACGGCUUCAACGGCCAUUCCCCCCAUAUGAGGCAGCGGCUGUCGCCGGCUCACGUCAACCAGGACGACCCCAGCCUGGUCCCCAACGUCCCUUACUUCGACCUGCCCGCCGGACUCAUGGCCCCUCUAGUCAAACUUGAAGACCAUGAAUACAAAGCCUUGGAUCCCAAAGACAUCCGCCUUCCUCCCCCCAUGCCCCCUAGUGAUCGCCUGCUAGCUGCUGUGGAGGCCUUCUACAGCCCCCCAUCCCAUGAUCGACCCAGGAACAGUGAGGGCUGGGAACAGAACGGCCUGUAUGAGUUCUUCAGAGCCAAGAUGAGAGCCAGGAGGAAAAAGGGCCAGGAGAAACACAACAGUGCCCACGGGGGUAGUCGUUCACACAGCCGUUCUCGUAGUCGGGGCCGCUCCUCAUCUCGUUCCAGCUCCAGCUCCUCCAAGUCCUCCCGCUCCUCCUCACGGUCCCGCUCUCGCUCCUACUCCAGAUCACGCUCCAGGAGCAGGAGCCGAUCCAGGUCGUCCCGCAGUCGCUCUCGUUCCAGGUCUCGCUCCAGAUCUCGCUCUCCUGACAAGAGACGGCUAGAGAAGCCCGGACAUGRCUCCGCCCCCGCCACCGCCUCCCAGAAGUCCCGUAGCCCCUCCCCUCCCACUAAUUCUGGGCUUGGAGCAGCCCCUUCUAUCCUGCCUCCAGACAGCAGGCUGGGAGAGGAGAACAAGGGCCAUCAACUGCUCAUGAAAAUGGGCUGGAGUGGUUCAGGGGGGCUUGGCGUGAAGGAGCAGGGCAUCCAGGACCCCAUCAAGGGGGGAGAACUCCGGGACAAGUGGGACCAGUAUAAAGGAGUGGGGGUGUCACUGGACGACCCUUAUGAGAACUACCGCAGGAACAAGAGUUACAAUUUUGUAGCUCGCAUGAAAGCAAGGGAGGAAGUGAAUCGGGAACCACAGGAGCCCCCUCCCGCUGAAUGACGUGCAUCGUAAAGCAAACAACCCCUACCCAGAACACACCUCUUCAUAAUUAGUUGUUUGUACAGAAUAAUGGUUUUAACAGUAUAUUUCCCUCUAUCCGUUUGCAAAAUACCAGAAGGUUGGGGUCCUUUAGUUUUAAUGUUGCUUUUCUUGUGGAACUUGUUCAUGUGUUCUUCUCAUGUUCCAGGAUCAAGUCAUCAAGACUUGGGAAUGGACAGAAAUAGUAUUGUGUUGCUCUUUUGAAACAAAAAGAAAAUCCCACAAAACAUAGGAAUGCACAUGGAAUCAAUGGCAUGUCAGCUAUAAUUGUGAAUCAGUUUACCCUGUACAAACCACAUUACCUGGCUACCUAAACUCCUUGCUCCGGACAGAUGCUACACCCACGGUCGUUAGUUUCUUCUCUGCUAUGAAGUAUGUAGCUGAACGAUAGAGCAGCGGAAGAAUUAAGUUUAAGUCGUCAGGCAACUAACCACAUGCUGUAGAGAAAUAAAGCAUUUUAAAUACUU